UUGUCUCUUAACUCACGGAGAUACGCUGCAUAGAGGAUGAUAUUUCACGGAAAACUUCCCAUACUUGCAGCGUCCCUGAGCUUGGUGACAAUCGCUUAUGCUGACGCUCAUGCCGGUCUUUUCUACCAGGAACCGGCAGCUCCGGAGGAAAUGAAAGCGUCAGUUCAUAUUGAUUUUAUAAACGUCACAAAGCUCGACCCUGCAAGUCUAUACCAAAGCCAACACGAACAAGUUUUUGGAUCAGAUUCGAAGACUCUAUCCACAAAAGACAAGCAGAACGCCGUGAAGGAAGCAUUCGUUUUUGCGUGGGAAGGUUACAAAAAGUACAGUUGGGGCUAUGACGAAAAUCGCCCAGUGAGCAAUAGCUACAGUAACCCAAGAAAUGGAUGGGGAGCCACCAUUGUAGACGCUUUAGAUACACUCUAUAUAAUGGGCUUGAGUGAAGAUUUUGCCGAAGCUACCGACUUUGUAGCCAGCAUUGAUUGGGCUCAUCCUCCGACCUCUUCUCACGUUCAACUUUUCGAAACAAUUAUCCGUUAUGUUGGCGGUCUGCUCUCCGCAUACGAUCUUAGUUACAAUCCCGUAUUUGUCGACCGUGCUGUCGCACUGGCCGACAGGCUGCUACCAGCUUUCAACUCCUCAACUGGGAUUCCUUACCAAUAUAUCGACAUCACUACAGGCACUCCCCUUACGGGCGGACCUUCGGUUCUGGCCGAAAUUGGCACUGUUCAACUAGAGCUCUUUCGCCUUUCUGAUAUCACAGGGGACCAAAAGUAUCGUGAAGCGGGUCAAAAAGUCAUUGAUUUUUUUGAUACACAAAUCAAACCUGAGAAAAAAGGUUUAUACCCAAUGUUCAUAGACCCAGAAACCGGCCGUUUUGAAUCAACUGCCAUUUCAUGGGGAGGUAUGGGAGAUAGUUUUUACGAGUAUCUAGCAAAAUCUUAUGUGUACUCUGGGUAUCGCGACGAUCAGAAGAGACGCAUGUUCGUUGAUACCGUUCGCAGUACUAUAGAGCAUAUGAUUGUAAGCCCCAAAGAUCACCCUGAUAUUAAACUUCUGGCCGAACUGAAUGGUGAUAAGAAGAGACACGUAAUGGACGAAUUAGCAUGCUUUGUACCCGGCACCUUUUUGUUAGCUGCUGAUACCAUCCCGGAGCUGCACGAUAUUGUUGGCAUAGCUUCUGAGCUAUUGGAAAGCUGUGUAUUGGCCUGGACGAGCACCAAGACGGGUAUUGCUCCUGAGAUUUUCGGUUGGGUGGAUCCUAAAACGGGCGAGUUCCCUGUUCCAAAAUCUGACAGAACAAUAGAAUUGGCGGACAAAUAUGGUGUAUUCCCGGUAGUUGACAGCUACAUUUUGCGCCCAGAAACCUUGGAAUCCAUUUUCUACUUUUAUCGCUACACAAAGGAUGAAAAGUACAGAGACAUGGGAUGGAAGAUCUUCGAGUCCAUCCAACUGCACUGUCGCGCAAACUCUGGCUACACUGGUAUACGUUACGUGGACUCCAUAUCCCCAGAAUGGGACGAUAGACAAGAAAGCUUCUUCUUUGCAGAAACUUUGAAAUAUUUGUAUUUAUUAUUUGAUGAUUCCAAUGUUCUCCCUCUAGAUGAAUGGGUGUUCAAUACCGAAGCUCAUCCACUUCGUAUUCAAAAAUAGCCUCUUCGAGAUGAGCCGUAGUGUUCAUACUACGUCGCUAUCAUUUCAAAAAAUAUAUAUGUACCAUAGCGCUGUCUCUGAGUAAGCAUAGUAUGUGGCAUAAGAUAUUAAAAAUGCAGGAGUAUGUAUAUGUUUUUAAUCACUGUCCGAGCUUUGAUCUCCCAAGAAGGUCAAAUCCAGAUCAUUCUUCUUGGCUUCCUAUAGAUUGCUUUGUCAUCCAUAUGC